UUUCGGGGCCUGAGCCUGGGGUCUGAGAGACCACGUGGGCUGGGCUUCGGGGUGAGCGGCUGCCUCGGCCCCGCCGGAACCCGGGCAGUACUGGGCGUCAUGGGGAAGCUGCGCCGGCGCUACAACGUCAAGGGGCGCCUACAGGCGACCCCAGGCGCCUCGAAGGGCCCCCCGGAGCCGCCCCCCGUGCGGCUGGAACUAGAGGAUAAAGACACGCUGAAAGGAGUAGAUGCAAGUAAUGCACUCGUUUUGCCGGGAAAGAAGAAAAAGAAGCCUAAAGCCCCUCCUCCGUCAAAGAAGGAGAAGAAGCCUCUGACCAAGAAAGAGCGGAAAAUGCUGCAGAAAAUCUUAGAACAGAAGGAGAAAAAGAGCCAGCGAGCAGAGAUGCUGCAGAAAUUGAGCCAAGUCCAGGUUUCGGAAGCCGAGCUGAGACUGUUCUACACCACGUCCAAGCUGGGCACUGGGGACCGCAUGUACCACGGCAGAGAGAAGUCUGACAAGAUCGAAGCCCAGGGACAGGAGAAGAUCAGCAGCCUCAGCGGGGCCCACCGGAAGCGCUAUCGCCAGGAAGAGGAGGAAUCGGAGUCCUCAGUGGAGUCUGAACCCGAUGAGGCCCCUGCCACUGAGCUGGUGGAGACUGGUGCAGGGAAUGGGAGCCCAGGGCCCAGUAGCCAACCCUGUCUGGCGGGGACUACCUCGGCACCUCCAGCAGUGGCCUCCACCCUGGCCAGGCCCCCGGCGAAGCCUGCCGUCUUCAUUCCUGUGAACCGCACCCCUGAAAUGCAGGAAGAACGGCUGAAGCUCCCCAUUCUUGCUGAAGAACAAGUGAUCAUGGAGGCGGUGGCCGAGCACCCCAUCGUCAUCGUGUGCGGGGAGACCGGCAGCGGGAAGACCACGCAAGUGCCACAGUUUCUCUACGAAGCAGGCUACAGCAGUGACAACAGCAUCAUCGGCAUCACGGAGCCCCGCCGAGUGGCCGCCGUGGCCAUGUCCCAGCGAGUGGCCAAGGAGAUGAAUCUGUCACAGAGGUGA